CACACAUUUGCCAAUAUUCCAAUCAAGGACAUUUGACUCACCAAGAAACUUUUCAUUCACCCUUCAGAGACGGGAGCUUCCCGGCAUCGCUGGGAGUGGAGUGUGGGCCUAAUGAAUUUGGAAUCAAACCAAGGGGAGCAACCAGAAGCUGUCGAGGUCGAGUGGGACAAAGUGGAGGGGAAUUCCGCCGACGAAAAGGUGGGUCAAGUUAUCCCGACAGACUGGAUACUGCGGUACCUCCGUCUGCUCUUGAUUGAUUAUCGCUUCUCUUUUUCUUUUUUCUUUUUUUUUUUUCUUUUUAAUUUCCUCUUUUUGCUAUUUCUCUUCCCCGAGUCACAGAACUGGUGGAUGAACUGAAAUUCAGGCCCAAAAAGGGCCGGGAGAAGAGGGAGGCACGCGUCUCUCA